GAAUGUAGCUGUCUUUGGAGCAGUAAUCGUUUAAUCACUUUUUUGUGUGUGUGUACAAGAAUGUUCAUGGCAGCUUUCUUUAUAAUAGCCCAGAACUGGGAAUAAUAGCCUAAGCGUUCAUCACCAAGAAACUAGAUUCAAACACUGCAGUAUAUUCAUAAAGUGAGACACUUCCCAGAAAUGAAGAAGAACAAAAUAAUGAUUCAUGCAGCAACACGGAUGAAUCUUAAAAACAUUAUGCCGAGAGGCCUUCCAACAAAGAAUACAUACUGUUUGAUUCCAUUUCUGUGAAAUCUUAGAACAGACUAUGAUGGAAAAAAAUUCAGAACAGUCGUUGCCUCUGGAUGUGGUUAAGAGUCUACAUGUUGAUGUAAGAUUUGGUUCCAAAGGUGUUUGUACUUGUCGGAGCUAAUCAAUCAAAUGAUGUGCCUAAGAUUUGUACAUUUUAUUGUAUGUAAAUUUUGCCUCAAGAAAAAGAAGAAUCAUAAAUACUGAACUCUAAUGAUAUGCAUGCUGAAGUAUUUGAGGAUGAAGUAUACCAAUGUCUGCAGUUUUGAAACAUAGCAAAACAUAAAUAAAUCAGAUGGAAAGAAUAAUAAAUAGAUGGAUAGAUAAAGAAAGGAAAGUAACAUGUAGAAUCUAGGUGAAUGGGUAUUGUAGUGUUCACUGUACAAUCUUUCAACUUUUCUGUACAUUUAAACAUAAGUUGGGAGAAAUAGUCCUCUAAAGAAUAUCGUUCAUUUUAGACAACUGAAAACUAACAUGAAAAAAUAUCACAGCCCUAAGCCCACCUGAAAUGCACAGCAUAUGGAAGUAGCCACAUAAUUAUUUCAUUAAAACGUUUCCCACUUUAUGGCUUAAUAUCGAAAUCAUUUCAAUUUCUUAUGGAGUAUGUGGAUCACACAUUAAGAUUACUCCGUUGUAGGCAUUUUGAAUAACAUAACACAGUUCACCUUGUUUCGUACUUUGUCCUAGGAAAGUGAUGAUGCUGAAGAGGUCCGAGAAGAGAAAUGAGGGCUGAAGGCAGUGGCGAUGGCUAAGAGGAAGCACAGCGCAGGAGUGAAGGGCCUUUGGGGCGGGGUCGUCUGGCAGUUCAUCGCCCAAUGGCUGGCAUUCUCUGAAGAGCUUUCGUCGUCAUCUGGGGAUGAUUCCAGAUCUUCCUGAAAGAGGAUGGCCGGCCUUUUUCUAAAGACGUUAACGUUACAAACCCUAAAGACUGAACAUAAUGGCAUCAGAAGAUGCGUUGGUGCGCACGUGGUGCAGAAGGCGGCACUCGCACAGCUGUCCCUCGUGGCCUCUGCCCCACGCCUGCCCUGCCCGACUCCCGCAAAAGCUUUUAGCACUGCCGAAGACACCCAGGAUGAAAGGAAGAAAAGAAUGAACGAAGCUGCUUUUAGUAACAUUGGAAGAAAAAUCAGUGAGCGAAUCAUCCACGUCCUGGAUGAGAAGGGCAGCGAUUUGGGAAACAUGCACCGGGCAGACGUGAUUCGACUCAUGGACGCGCGAGACCUGAGGCUUGUGAGAAGGGACGCAGGGGCGGAGCCUCCAGUGUACCAGCUCCUGACGGGGACGCAGAUUCACGAAGAGCGGCUGAGGCUGAGAGAGAGGGACAAGGCGACACCUAGAGCUGGGCCGACUGUGACAAAGGAACUAACUUUUUCUGCAAAUAUCGGACAACACGAUCUGGACACAAAGAGUAAACAGAUUCAGCAGUGGAUUGAGAAGAAAUACAAAGUUCAAAUUACUGUAAAGAAAGGGAAGAAUGCAGAAGAGCCAGAAAAGAAAGUGGACGAGAUAUUUAAUCAAAUCCUCCAGACUAUGCCCGGAACAGCUACUUUCUCGUCCAGGCCACAAGCUGUUAAAGGAGGGAAAGCUGUCAUGUGCAUCCUUCGUCAUUUGAGCAAAAAAGAAGAGAUCGCACAUAGAGAGACUCAGGGGACCCAGAAGGGGGGUCCUACGAACAAAGAAAGUGGGAACGACAGAGAAUCAGAUGUCCUGCACCAAUGAUUUUAAUUAAAAAAAUGUGUUUCUGAGACUACAUA